AUGUCGUCCUCAACUAGCCACGGAAAGCAAUUCACCCUCUUUGUCUCCGCAGGCCCUAACCCAUUGAAGGUUAUCAUUAUUCUCGAAGAACUCGGUCUCAAAUACAAAGCUGUUGUUGUCGAUGUGAAAAAGGGUGAGCACAAGGGGCCAGAAUUCACCAAAGUCAACCCCAAUGGCCGUCUCCCCGCCCUUGUCGACCAUUCCAACAAUGACUUCACCAUCUGGGAGUCCGGUGCCAUUAUGCUCUAUCUAGUUGGUAAAUAUGAUACAGAACACAAGAUCUCGUUCGCGGAUUUCGACUCGAACGCUACUGCAAAUCAGUACUUGAUGUUUCAGAUGUCCGGCCAGGGACCAUAUAUGGGCCAGCUCGGAUGGUUCUUGAGAUACCAUCAUGAGAAGAUUCCUAGUGCAAUCGAACGUUACCGCGCCGAAACCAUGCGUAUCAUGGGUGUUCUUGAGAAAGUCCUUGAGGGGAAGCAGUAUCUGGUAAACGACAAACCAUCGUAUGCAGACCUUGCAUUUUUGCCUUGGCAAUGGGCCGCCGAUUGGCUCAAGCCAGAACUCGAUGGUUGGAGAGAUGAGUUCCCAACCGUUGCGGCCUGGACUGACAGGUUGGAGGCGAGAGAUAGCGUUGAAAAAUGCAAGGCAGUCAAGGCAGAAUAUGGAUUUUAG